CCCGGGUUCGAACCGGAGACCUUCAGUGUGUUAGACUGACGUGAUAACCAACUACACCACGAAACCUUGUUUGAACAUAUGUAACAUUACAAACUACUUAAUCUAAUUCUGUGAUUGUCAGUACUUGGAAUGACCUUAAUUUUGAGGAUUGGGACCAAAAGGUCCAAAACCCAGCUUAAACCCACCGAGUGAGUUCGUCUUCCUUCUUCACCGGAAAGUGCCCACUCACAGUUUCGCAUUUAGUAGCGACCAAUCAAUCAAGAGAUUCACGUCUCUGUGCUUGAGUGUGUGGUGACUUACAUUGUAAUGAACUGUCUGUCUCAUGCGCGUUCAUAUAUUUCCUUGGGACUGCUUAAGAGAUCAAGCUAUGUCAGUUCUACUCACAUUCCGUGGAAUCAAUGUUUCUUCUAUAUGCCUUCAAAAUCAUGUUUAAAGCCUGGAGGUGUGAGUAGUGUGUUUGGAAUGUCUAGUGUUCAUUCUUAUUCCUCAAGAUCAAAGUCUGGUAAAUCAAAGAUGUCAUCUACCGUUGUUUCUGUUGCGGAUAAAGAGAAAUAUGCGUUUUUCGUUGUUCGGAAAGGUGAUGUUAUUGGAAUUUAUAAGGAUUUGAGUGAUUGUCAGGCUCAAGUUGGAUCUUCGGUGUUUGAUCUUCCGGUUAGCGUUUAUAAGGGAUACUCUUUGCCGAAAGACACUGAGGAAUAUCUUUCUGCUGUUGGGCUGAAGAAACCACUAUAUAGUUUAAGAGCUUCUGACUUGAAAGACGAUAUGUUUGGCGCUCUUACACCAUGUCUUUUCCAGGAGCCAGCUUCUUGUACAGUCAAAGUAUCUGAAGAGGAGGCUACCUCAGAGACGAAGUCAAAAGAUAACCAAAAGGAUCAACUUCCUUCAGCUUCCAUGUCUUAUGAUCCUUUGGAAAAGCUUGCCAAGCUGGAGCAAUCUGCUGAUACAUCAGACGAAACUUGCUUUAUUGAAUUUGACGGUGCAUCAAAGGGAAAUCCAGGUCUCUCCGGCGCAGCAGCGGUACUGAAAACUGAGGACGGAAGUUUGAUUUGUAGACUGCGUCAAGGUUUGGGAAUUGCCACAAACAAUGCAGCAGAAUACCACGCGCUAAUCCUAGGAUUGAAGUAUGCAAUUGAGAAAGGUUACAAGAAAAUUAAAGUGAAAGGUGACUCCAAGCUAGUCUGUAUGCAGAUUAAAGGUCAAUGGAAGGUAAACCACGAGGUACUCGCGAAACUCCACAAGGAAGCAAAACAACUUUGCAACAAAUGUGUCUCUUUUGAGAUCAGUCAUGUACUAAGGAAUUUAAACGCUGAUGCGGAUGAACAGGCAAACUUGGCUGUCCGUCUUCCCGAAGGAGAAGUUGAGGUGGCGUGAAGGCUGAUUAUCGGUCAACGAAUAGAAAGAUUCGGGUUUGUUGUUCCACACCACAUACAGAUCUAAAUAGGCUGAAGAAAAGUAUUCAUUGUUCGUUAGAAAAGAAAACAUCUUGGGUUAAAAUCUCUGCUUUCUUGCAGUGUUACACUAGCCACUAGAAACUGGUGAAGAACCAGAAUGAGCACAGAGAAUUCUCAGACACUGAAUGCAAACAAAUCAGAGAACAGCAGAAACUGACUCAUCAUUUGUCUUCUCUUUACUUCAGUUGAUGAUUUUUUGCCGGCGUUCUAACGUUUUCUUUUGCUUGCUUACACUAGAACACUUGUAUUGAAAAAUUCUUUUGUACCAAUAGAAAUUAAAUAACACGCGCUUCCGUCGCGCGUGAAAUUUGAUA